AGCAGGUCCUGGCUGGGCACCUGCUUUUCUGACUUCAGUCAUUCCUUCCCUGUGUCAUUAAGGCAGAGGAGCAGCUGGGGGAGGGGCGUAGGAGGAGAGAGGGUGGCAGCUCCCUCAGAGAGGGAAGCAGCUACAGUGCCUCCCCUUCCCAGACGUGCAGCUGGAGCACCAGGAGGCAGCACGCUCAGGUUUGUGCCUGCUCUGCUGCCUGUGAGGGUGCCCUGAGAACCCUGAAGCCGAGCUGAGCCAUGACAUAGACACAGGAAACCCUGGAGAGAGCCUGGUUUCAGCAGACUCGCCUGUGAGGAAGCCUUUGGAGAGCCCCCACAGGGACGCCCCUGGCUCCUGUGAGGAAGGGGCUCUGGGCCUGGGCCCCUCUGCCUCGGGGCGGGGAAGGCUGGGCUGCAGCUAUGGACCGUGAGCUGGCCCAGCCCUCGCCCCCACUGAGCCUGCCCGUCUGCGGCCGCCCCUGCCAUGAGCUCCUCGGUGUACAUCACAGUGGAGCUGGUCAUUGCCGUGCUGGCCAUUCUGGGCAACGUGCUGGUGUGCUGGGCCGUGUGGAUCAACAGCAACCUGCAGAACGUCACCAACUACUUCGUGGUGUCGCUGGCGGCGGCCGACAUCGCAGUGGGUGUGCUCGCCAUCCCCUUCGCUAUCACCAUCAGUACCGGCUUCUGUGCCGCCUGCCAUGGCUGCCUCUUCUUCGCCUGCUUCGUCCUGGUCCUCACACAGAGUUCCAUCUUCAGCCUCCUGGCCAUCGCCAUUGACCGCUACAUCGCCAUCCGGAUCCCCCUGCGGUACAAUGGCUUGGUGACCUGCACGAGGGCCAAGGGCAUCAUUGCAAUCUGCUGGGUGCUGUCAUUUGCCAUCGGCCUGACGCCCAUGCUAGGCUGGAACAACUGCAGUCAGCCAAAGGGGGACAAGAACCACUCAGAGAGCUGCGACGAGGGCCAGGUGACCUGUCUCUUCGAAGAUGUGGUGCCCAUGAACUACAUGGUAUACUACAACUUCUUCGCUUUUGUGCUGGUGCCCUUGCUGCUCAUGCUGGGCAUCUACCUGAGGAUCUUCCUGGCAGCCCGGCGACAGCUGAAACAAAUGGAAAGCCAGCCUCUGCCGGGGGAACGGACUCGGUCCACACUGCAGAAGGAGGUCCAUGCCGCCAAGUCACUGGCCAUCAUUGUGGGGCUCUUCGCACUCUGCUGGCUGCCCCUGCAUAUCAUCAACUGCUUCACCUUCUUCUGCCCCGAGUGUGGCCAUGCCCCACCUUGGCUCAUGUACCUGACCAUCAUCCUCUCCCAUGGCAAUUCCGUGGUCAACCCCCUCAUCUAUGCCUAUCGCAUCCGUGAGUUCCGCCAGACCUUCCGCAAGAUCAUCCGCAGCCACAUCCUGAGGAGAAGGGAACUCUUCAAGGCAGGAGGCACCAGUGCCAGGGCCUCGGCGGCUCACAGCCCUGAGGGAGAGCAGGUCAGCCUCCGGCUCAAUGGCCACCCCCCAGGGGUAUGGGCCAACGGCAGCGCUCCCCGUCCUGAGCAGCGGCCCAAUGGCUAUGUCCUGGGGCUGGUGAGUGGAAGGAGCGCCCAAAGGUCCCACGGAGAUGCCAGCCUCUCAGACGUGGAGCUCCUCAGCCAUGAGCACAAGGGAACAUGUCCAGAGUCCCCCAGUCUGGAGGACCCCCCGGCCCACGGUGGAGCAGGAGUGUCCUGAUGGCCCACAGAGUUUGCCCCUUCCCAAAGGAAGGAAAUUCUGUCUUUCUGGUUUGUUGGACUGGUCAUGUUGGGAGAAAAGAGACCCACAGGGCAUCUGGUCCCCACUCUGGACUGAGAUGAGGGAGCCCCAAGCUGGAGCAGCAUGAGGCCCAGCAAAAACAUCUGGGGUCUCCGGAAGCAGAUGUUUGUGCUCUGAGGCCCUGCAGCUAGGCCAGGGCUACAGCCCAGCAGCGUCUUGGCUGAUCAGGGCCCAGUCCCCCCCUCCAGAAGCAUCUAAAAGCCCCACCUUGUCUACAGGGCAGCUGUGGCUUAGCAGACUGGGCUGGCCUCGGGCUGGGCAGUGGCUGCCCACACCUCCUGCCGCACACACUGCCCUCUCAAGCCUUCUAGGGCUCAGGGAGCUGCAGGCCAGGGAUGGCAUUUGAGUAUUUUUUUUCCAGGAGAAGAUAUGUGUGAGGAAAUCCUUUUUAUUUUAUUAUCCUCCCCUGCCUGUCUGCUGGGUCUGUUGUCAGUCCUGCUGCUAACCUGGCACCAGGAGUCCGCCCAGGAAGUCUCAGGCAGCCCUCUCCACCUGCCAUGAGCUACCAUGCACUUAGUCCCAGGGCCAUCUCUUGGGGCAACAAAUCUGGGCUGGAUGACAGGGAGUUGUAACGGGAACAGGGCCAGGAUGUGGGGUAGGCCUCAGGGUGAGGUCGCGGCUAGCAGGCCAUGGACCUGUGCCUGGAUAGCUCAGAGCUGCCCAGUAGAGCCCCUGUCCAACUGCCUGUUCUUCUAAAGGGGCUGCUUGUUUUGUUUUGUUUUGUUUUCUGAGAUGAAAUAAAAAUGAGCCACUUUGUGUUUUAAGUUUUUCCAAUGAGAA